AUGUCAUCCGAUAUGGAUCAAAGUGUGCUGACAAUCUCAGUUGAAGCUAGAGCAAAUGAUCUCCCAUUCCCAAGAUUCGGUCAACCGCAAAGACUUGGCGAGUAUACUGUGACACGAGAUCGACAACUGGUGCCAGGCAGAGAAGACGCAAAAUAUUUGUAUGAACUUGCAUUGGCUGAUGGAGGAAGAGUGAGAUUCGAUCUGAAUCAGGGAUUUGAUACAUUUGAGGAAAAAGAGGGCGACGAAAGGCUUGAUGUUUUGCUAGAUUGGGUUGUUUCUCAAGCUCCUCGAGGUGGCCCACUAAAAAAGGUUCUCCAUGAGGCUGACUUUGUCUGUUGGCGUGGGCUACUGACGAGGAUUGCUGCUACACCUUUCUGUCCAAAAGAUUCUUGGGAAUUCGCUGCUGCUCGCAUUGGUGGUGUAAUUUUUCUCUGUGAGAGAGAAACUGAAGAGACUAGGAUA